UAAAACCCGGUGAGAAAAAUCUGGAAAUAACUCAAAAAUUGAUGAAUUGUUUCCAUGCCUGUUUUGUGAAUUUGUUGUUAAAUUACGAUUAGGGCCAAUAGGGCUAGUUUAUGUAGUUGAUGAUACUAGUAGGCCACGAGUACACCGUCUUUAGAAUUGGAAGAAGGCUUUUGUUUAUUGGGAUAUGAGAAAUUGACAGCAAAUUGACGUUCUGCGUUUCGGUUUUUGUGUGCACGUGUUCAAAAACUCGUUUUCUCAUUUUCUACUCAAAUUUACUGAAACUCCUAUGUUAAACACUUUCUUAAUUCCAGCAUAAUGACAAAUGAGAAUGACCCAGCUGGCGAUUGCCCUGAUGAUUUGGAAUCUGUAGAGGAAGAAGAAACUGGACAGGAAAAUAAGCUCUUGCUAUUCCCCAACGUCUUAGCACAUAUCCAGAGUCAGCGAAAUGCUGAAAUGCUGGCCUUACUGCCUGCCACAGUCAAACGCAGGGUUAAAGCUUUAAAAAAAGUCCAGCUGGAGACUACCAAUAUUGAAGCAAAAUUUUUCAAAGAGGUUCAUGACUUGGAAUGUAAAUAUCACCAGCUCUAUGUACCACUCUAUGAAAAAAGAAAUACCAUAGUGAAUGGUAGCUAUGAGCCCACAGAAGAGGAAUGUCAAUGGCAGUCUGAUGAUGAAGACCUACCUGAAGCUGUUAAGGAGAAAAUCAAGAUUGAAGAUGUUGCUAAGAAAGAGGUAGAGGAUCCCAAGGGAAUUCCUGAAUUUUGGUUGACCAUUUUCAGGAAUGUUACAUUGUUGUCUGAAAUGGUGCUACAACAUGAUGUGCCCAUAUUGAAACAUUUGACUGAUGUGAAAACUAUCUGCAAUGUUGAUCCAAUGAGCUUUACUUUGGAAUUCCACUUUUCCCCUAAUGAGUAUUUCACCAAUGCCAUACUCACAAAGGAGUACAACAUGAAAUGUGUACCAGAUGAAGAUGAUCCAUUCAGUUUUGAGGGUCCUGAAAUUUUCAAGUGUACAGGUUGUACCAUCAACUGGAACAAGGGCAAGAAUGUGACAGUGAAAACUGUGAAGAAGAAGCAAAAACACAAGAGCAGGGGUGUCAUUCGUACAGUGACCAAUACAGUACAGAAUGAUUCCUUCUUCAAUUUUUUCACUCCUCCAGCUAUUCCUAUGGAUACUAAGGAAGAGGAUGUUGAUGAGGAUCUAAGGAUUCUGCUCACCAGCGACUUCGAAAUAGGUCACUACUUCCGCGACCGCAUCAUCCCCAGGGCGGUGCUCUUCUUCACCGGCGAGGCCGUCGAGGACGAGGACGACUUCGAGGAGGAGGAGGAGGAAGACGAUGAGGAGGAGGACGAGGGGGAGGGGGAGUCGGACGACAACAAGGCGUCGGCGAAGACGAAGCAGGACCCGAACUGCAAACAGCAGUAGGGUGCAGAAGGGAGGGGGGAGUAGCGUUUGUCUGAACAGGGUGUCUAGAAGGAUCUGA